ACUUGAUAUGAUAAAAGGAUUAUUUUUUAUAUCUGAUAAGUGGCCGACGAUCGGCCACUUGGCAUCGGAUUCUUGUUGCGGUAGUUCGCGUAUCUAGUAACGAUGUCGGAAUCUGUGAAUGUGGUGGAUCAGGUCGCGGCAGACACGCAGGUGUCUGUGCAUGUCGUGCAGGAACCGGAGCCAAACUCCGGCGUCGAGCUGAAGAGGGACUUAUUGCAGGUCGUCGCCGACCACGAACAGGCCGCCAUGUUGAAGAACAUGAAUGAGCUCUUGCGGCCGGUGUCUGUAUCAGGCAUGAUGGAGCACGCCCUCGUGCACCGCGAGCGCGUCGGAGUGCAAGACUUCGUGCUGCUCGAAGACUUCCGAUCUGAAGCCGCUUUCAUUGACAACCUCAGGAAACGAUUCAACGAGAACAUUAUCUAUACGUACAUCGGCAACGUGCUUAUAUCCGUGAACCCAUUCGCAAUUGCAGACAACGCCUACAGGUCUUUGGUAUAUGAACACAGAGAACAGUGCAUUUUGAUCUCAGGUGAAUCUGGUUCAGGCAAAACAGAGGCGUCCAAAAAAGUCUUAGAGUACAUAGCAGCAAGAACAAAUCACCUUCGCAACGUAGAAACUGUUAAGGACAAACUUCUCCAAACGAACCCCCUACUAGAAGCCUUCGGUAACGCGAAAACACACAGAAAUGACAACUCCAGUCGUUUCGGAAAGUACAUGGACGUCCAGUUCAACUAUGAAGGAGCCCCCGAAGGUGGACACAUCCUUAACUAUCUUCUUGAGAAAUCCAGGGUAGUCAGCCAAAUGUCUGGAGAGAGGAACUUCCACAUCUUCUAUCAACUAUUGGCUGGAGCCGACCAGGAUUUGUUAAGACAAUUGAAACUGCAAGGAAGGCCGGAAGCUUACAAAUACACUACUGAUGCGGGUGCCCAAGGAAACCAACGUAACCAAGACGCCGAACAGUUCCGUACAGUGCAAGCGGCCAUGAAAGUCAUUGAAAUUAACCAGGCUGAACAAAAUGAGAUUUUCGAGAUCGUCGCCAGUGUCUUACAUCUAGGAAAUGCUAAGUUCGUACAAAAUGACAAAGGAUAUGCUGAGAUUCUGUCACAUGAUGCCAACUCCAACAACGUCGCUGAGCUUCUUAAAGUAGACAGCACAAAAUUAAGAGAGGUACUCACCAGCCGUACGAUCAGCGCUCGUGGAGAUGUUGUCUGUACUCCCUUGGACCUGGAACAGGCGCAAUACGCCAGGGACGCCCUUGCCAAGGCCAUCUACGACAAGCACUUCAGCUGGCUGGUCUCCAGGUUGAACGCUUCCCUCGCACCUAAGGACAAGGACAGCCAAUCGUCUGUCAUUGGUAUUCUGGACAUUUACGGAUUCGAAAUCUUCCCUAAGAACAGCUUCGAACAGUUCUGCAUCAACUUCUGUAACGAGAAGCUGCAGCAGCUGUUCAUCCAGCUGACGCUGAAGCAAGAGCAGGAGGAGUAUCUACGCGAGGGCAUCGAGUGGGAGCCCGUCGAGUACUUCAACAACAUCGUCAUCUGCGACCUCAUUGAGGCCAGGCACACUGGUAUCAUCGCGAUCCUGGACGACGAGUGCCUAAGGCCGGGAGACGCUACGGACCUGAGCUUGCUGGAGAAGCUGACGCAGAACCUGGAGCCCCACCCUCACUACAAGUCACAUCGCCGCUCUGACAUCAAGACACAGAAGAUCAUGGGACGUGAUGAGUUCUGCCUAGUGCACUACGCGGGCGAGGUGACGUACAACGUGAGCACGUUCCUGGAGAAGAACAACGACCUGUUGUUCCGCGACAUACAGAGCCUCAUGGCCACCAGCGGGAACACUAUCGUCGCUAGCUGCUUCAAGGACAUUAACCUAGCGAGCAAGAAGCGACCAGAGACAGCGAUCACUCAGUUCAAGAACUCAUUGAACGAGCUGAUCAAGAUCCUGAGCAGCAAGGAGCCUUCCUACAUCCGAUGCAUCAAGCCCAAUGACUUCAAGGCGCCUAUGCAAUUUGACGACAAGCUAGUGUCUCACCAAGUCAAGUACCUCGGUCUGAUGGAGAACUUGCGCGUGCGCAGAGCUGGGUUCGCGUACAGGAGGACUUACGAGGCCUUCCUGGAGAGCACAAAAAUCUUCAUUCGCUUCCCGAAGACGCUAUUCGAGACAGAAGACGCUUACCAGAUCAAGAAGAAUGACAUCGCGACCAUCAUCCAGAGCAGAUGGCGAGGAUACUGGCAGAGGAAACAAUAUCUUAAGAUGAAACAGGCAGCCAUUGUUAUACAGAAGUGGGUGCGAAGGUUCCUCGCUCAAAGACUUCUGGCCAGGAGAAAGAAGGCCGCGAUGGUCAUCAGGGCUUUUAUCAAAGGCUUCAUCACCCGCAACGGUCCAGAGACUCCAGAGAACCGUCGUUUCUUGGGUAUUGCUAAGGUCCACUGGCUCAAACGCCUUGCGACCCAGCUGCCUACAAAGAUAUUGGACCUGUCAUGGCCGCCGUGCCCCGCGACGUGUCAGGAAGCUUCCAAGGAGCUACACCGUCUGCACCGCGCCCACCUCGCGCGCAAAUACAGACUCGCACUCACGCCGCAAGCUAAAAAGCAGUUCGAGCUUAAAGUACUCGCUGAGAAGAUGUUCAAGGGCAAGAAGAACAGCUACCAGGCCAGCAUUGGCGAGCGAUUCCAGGACGACCGCCUGACAUCGGAACACCAAACCCUCAGGAAUACCUUCAUGGCAUCACCUUCCUGGCCUACCGGAGAACAACUUAUUUACUCAUGUGAGGCAGUGAAAUACGACCGCCGCGGUUACAAGCCUCGUGAGCGCGCCCUGCUCGCCUCGGACAAGGCGCUCUACGUACUGGACGCGGCCGGACGCAAGACGUACAAACUCAAACAUCGCCUGCCUCUAGACAAGCUACGCGUCGUCGUCACCAACGAGACUGAUACGCUUGUACUCAUCAAGAUACCACAGGAACUUAAGAAGGAUAAGGGUGACCUGAUCAUCUCCGUAUCGCAUCUGAUCGAGGCGCUGACCAUCGUCACAGACUACACCAAGAAACCCGAACUUAUUGAGAUCGUCGACACCAGGACUAUCGCGCACAACCUGGUGAAUGGUAAGCAGGGCGGCACCAUCGAGGUACAGAACGGUCCGCAGGCCAACAUACACCGCGCCAAGAGUGGAAACCUGCUCGUUAUCGCGACUCCCUGAGCAGACCGAUAUUGCAAGAAACUACAACAACGACGUUACUUAGAAUUACUAAAAUUAUUCCAUUUCGUAUUACAUAGUAUUUAUUGUUAGUACCAAUGUAAUGUGCCUGCUCGUUGUACAUAGCAAAUACAAGCCCUACCUUCCUGAAAUAAGUCAUAAAAUACCGUAAAAGUUCUACAAUUUUCAUAUUUUUUUUAUGAAAAGUCUCCCAAGUUUUCACCAUAGCAGGCGCAUGUUUACAUAAGUAAAACAUAAAGUUAGUAACUUUGCAUUGAAGUUAAGUGAACAAACGUCUAGUGAACUUAAGUUUUAUAAAUUACGACAAUUUUUAUGUUUCCGUACUUAUUUUUUAUCCAUAUUUUAUUUUAUACCCUGUAUAAUUAAGUACGCAUUAUUGAUAAAUACUUAGAUAUUUUCCAAUGUGAGCUGAACCUACUGUUUUGUUAGUUAUGUUGUGCUUAAUUGAACAGACAAAUUACAAUUUUUACACGUAUUUUAUAAAUGAAAUAUUAUGUAUAUGGAAGUGUUAUUAAUAUAUAACAGUUUAAUGAAAUUUUUAUGUAUUAAAUGUGAUAUAAUGUUCAUGAGAUUUUCGUACAAAGUACUUAGUAUUUUUUGUAUGCCAUACAAGUUAGGUAUCGCGCGAAAUGUGUCAAUUAUUGUUACAUAUAUGUAUUAGAAAUUAUGAAAUCCCGUAAAGGGUAAUUUUGUAAAUAAGUCUAAAAUACGUCCUAUCUAAAAUAAAAAGAUCAAUGUUUAGUCGUAAUAUACCAAAGGUAUUUUAAUUUUCCAAAUUUUUCGAAAUGUGGUUAACACGGUUAUAUAGACAGGCACUAUGAUUAUGUAAUAAAAUUAUAAUAUUGAGAUAAUUGACACAUUUCCUUUGUUUGUAAUAAUGAUUAAGCUGAAUCAAAGGUGCCUACUAUAAGGAAACAAUUUGAAUUAAUGUUACAAUGAAUGUAUUUAUAAAAUUAAGAUAAAUAUGCUUGGCGUGGUCUGAAACACUUGGAUAGAGUACGACCAUUGCUGUCUAUAACAUAAUUACGAACAUGAGGCCUAUUGUACAGCAUAUUGAUAGAUUAAUACAUUGCAAUUUGAACAGUAUGAUAAAUUGUAUGGAAUUAGACGUCCUGGAAUUAGUAAAGUACUUUUAAUAUUAAAUCGCGCCUAAUUGUAAACAGGAACAUGAAUGUGAGCAAUAGACCUCAAAUGGCCAUAUUAAGGUACACAGGCUAAUAAGUGCCUUGUUUAUAAGCCAGUUCCUUCAGUCAUUUUUAAAUAAAUGUAUUUUAAUAAAA